UCUAAUAUCCCAUGCUCUAGAGAUUUUGCUCGAGUAAACCCUAACUAUAGCCACCACCAACAUAGUGGCAGCCAUGGCUACUGCAGAAGAAGCAAAGCCUCACGCUUCAACUGAAGAGGAUCAAGCGAAGAAGAAGAAGCGAAAGAGAAGUAGACCUAAGAAGAUGCCGAAGGAGUCAGAGCCAGCACCCUCUGAUACCGCUAACAAUGACGAAGAUUCUACACCAGAAGAAGAAGAGGCAGUUGCGGAAGACAGAGAAGAGGAAGUUGCAGAGGAGAGGGAAGCGGUCGAGUCCCACAAGGAGAAGAAGAAGGCGAAGAAGAGCGGUUCUGGAAUCAUGAGUACCGAGGCGUUCUCGGCUUUGGGUUUGUCUGAGCCCACCAUGAAGGCGAUUAAUGACAUGGGCUUCGAGAACAUGACUCAGAUUCAAGCCCGAGCAAUCCCACCACUUUUGUUGGGAAAAGAUGUUCUUGGAGCUGCAAGGACAGGUUCUGGAAAGACCCUUGCAUUUUUAAUACCAGCAGUGGAGUUGUUAUAUCACAUUAGUUUUAUGCCACGGAAUGGGACAGGUGUUGUUGUGAUUUGCCCUACAAGGGAGCUUGCUAUUCAGACUCAUGCAGUGGCAAAGGACCUUCUCAAGUAUCAUACACAGACUCUUGGCUUGGUAAUCGGUGGCUCAGCUAGAAGGGGAGAAGCCGAACGCCUUGCAAAAGGUGCAAAUCUAUUAGUAGCAACUCCUGGCCGACUUCUUGACCACCUUCAAAAUACCAAGGGAUUCAUAUAUAAAAACUUGAAGUGCCUCAUCAUCGAUGAGGCUGACAGGAUAUUGGAAGCGAACUUUGAGGAAGAAAUGAAGCAAAUUAUUAAGCUUCUACCAAAGGAGAGGCAAACUGCUCUUUUCUCAGCCACCCAAACUAAGAAGGUUGAGGAUCUUGCACGCUUAUCAUUCCAGACAACACCUGUCUAUAUUGAUGUGGAUGAUGGGAGGACAAAGGUCACUAAUGAAGGGCUGCAGCAAGGGUAUUGUGUCGUGCCAAGUGCCAAGAGAUUCGUUCUUUUGUAUUCCUUCUUGAAGAGGAAUCUGUCAAAGAAAGUGAUGGUUUUCUUCUCUUCAUGUAACUCGGUGAAGUACCAUUCAGAACUUCUCAGAUACAUUCAGGUGGAUUGCCUUGAUAUUCAUGGGAAGCAAAAGCAGCAGAAGCGGACCUCCACCUUCUUUGACUUCUGUAAAGCUGAGAAAGGCAUCUUGUUAUGUACUGAUGUUGCUGCUCGUGGUCUUGACAUUCCCGAUGUGGACUGGAUAGUGCAGUAUGACCCUCCAGAUGAGCCCAAGGAAUACAUCCAUAGAGUUGGCCGAACAGCUCGUGGGGAGGGUAAAAAAGGAAAUGCCCUGCUUUUUCUGAUUCCAGAAGAGUUGCAAUUUCUUCGCUAUCUUAAGGCUGCAAAGGUACCUGUUAAAGAGUAUGAAUAUGAUGUAAAGAAGCUGGCUAAUGUGCAAUCUCACCUGGAAAAGUUGGUGAGCAACAACUAUUAUUUGAACAAGUCUGCUAAAGAUGCAUAUAGAUCUUAUAUAUUGGCAUAUAAUUCACAUUCUAUGAAGGAUAUCUUCAAUGUUCACCGCCUUGAUCUUCAGGCGGUUGCUAGUUCAUUCUGCUUUUCUUCACCGCCAAAGGUAAAUCUAAGCAUAGACAGCAGUGCAUCUAAGUUUAGAAAGAAGACGCGUAAGGUUGAAGGAAGCCGGAAUGGAUUCAGCGAGAGCAACCCUUAUGGGAGGCAAAGAGGUCAAGAUGAUAAGAGACAAUUUGUGAGGUAUUAACAGAAGCAGUAGAGCUCAAAUCCAGAAACAAUGCAUGCUUCUGCACAAAUUUUGAUCAGAGGUUUUGUUGUUUUUGCAAUUUUCCAUGUUGAGGUAUUGUUGAUAUAAUACAAAAAUUUUCUAAGUAUUUUAUUAACUACCAGCAAAGCUUGUAGCUCAAUUGUGAUACUGGUACAAACCCUGGAUGAACUAUACCUGUUAGCAUCUAUCAUUUAUGCGAAAUGUUAAGCUACAAUUUGUAUGUUUUGUUCAGAAAAGAACUUCAUGGUUCAUUUUUA